AUGCGGAGAGAGGUGGGCGUGUGGGGGCGGAAGCCCUCGUCGCCAGCCGCUCUUCGUGUCAAGGUGGAGCGCGAGCGGGCGGCCGCUCGCCAGAGGGAGGACGUUCGCAUCCGAAGGGCGUCGAGGUUCAUGUCGGCGAAGGAGGUGCGCUUCAUGGAGGCUUCGCAGAGCAUCAAGUUCCUCGGAAGCGGACGCUACGGCGAGGCGAGGCUCGUCCGCUGGGGCGAGCAAGAGGCCGUGCUCAAGAAGGGCGCGGGGGGCGCCCCCCUGCCCCUGGGGCUGUGCCGAGAGCCGGCAGCCAUGCUCAUCUCGUGCGCGGGCGCGACCACGCUGGAGCAGGCCCUGCGUGGAAGCAGGUGGAGCGAGGCCAAGGCGGUGGACGUCGCCGUGAAGGUGUGCCGCCGUGUGGACCAAAUCCACGCCAAGGGCCUCAUCCACAACGACCUCAAGGGCGACAACGUCAUGCUGGACAAGGCGCUCGGCGUCUCCGUCAUCGACUUCGGCACGGCCACGCCCGAGGGAGGCGUCGUCGGCUACCAAACCGACGGCAGCUUCAGGGGCGAGUGGCUGGCGCCGGAGCUUUUCAGCGGAGGAGCCAGCACCCGCGCCUCCGACGCCUACUCCGUCGGCUUCCUCCUUGGCCAGAUCCGGGACGCCAUGAAGAGGCCCUCGGGGAAGGCCAGGGCCUCCGGCGGGGCACACGAGAGGUUCGCCAGCGCUAUCGAGGGGGCUUAG